CUUUACAUCGUGGCUCAUGACACUCCGAUUCGCGGUGAUCUUCAAUUUUCCCAAAGCGGCGGCCAUGCCUCAGCCAUUUUCGGCUGCCAGCAUUUGUCUCAUCAGUACAAUCUUGGUCGCGUUUUCUAUCCACUCAUCAGCACCGACAUGUUCAACAUGGACUAUAUUGUGCCUCCCAACUAUCGAUACGGAGUGCCGAUCGUCAACACGCACGUAAGCGCCCUUCUGAAUCCAGUUUUGGCAGGAGCUUACUACAAGACCGUCAUAUUGGAGCAUUUAUAA